AUGGCUAGGCCAAAGAAGGCAGCUGGUUCUACGAGCCCAAAAAAAACCAAAACGCCAGAGAAGAAGACUCAAAGAAAGAAGAAAGAUCCAAAUGCGCCCAAGAGAGGACAAUCUGCUUACAUGUUGUGGUUGAAGGAGAAUCGUGCUAGUUUGACCCAACCGGGAAUGAGCGUUGUGGAUGUAACAAGGGCUGCUGGAGUUGAAUGGGGAAAAGUCAAGGAUAAAACUAAGUGGGAGAAGCUUGCUGUUGAAGAGAAGAAGAGAUAUGAUAAAGAGAUGGCUGCUUACAAGGCUAGUACUGCAGGCAGUCCCAAAAAAACAGGAAAAGCAAAGGCUAAAUAA